AUGCGCUUCAGAGAAGAUUUCGACCCCUACAAUGUCAGCAGACUCGGCUGGGAACCUUUCAACGUCGUCAACAAUGCGUAUCCCGGGGUUCCGAAAAAGAAGGUCGAGGCACCUCGGGAGCCAGUGAAGAACUUCAACUUCCAGAUUGACCCUAAGUACCUCGAUCUGCAAAUGUACCAUCAAGGACAGCUGAACUGGCUCAAUGACCAGGCACUGGCCCACGUGAUGAAGGAAGAACAAGCUCGGGAAUUUGUGGACACUUCAUGUGGUGACCUCAAGAGUUCAAUUGAUGAACUAGAAAGGUGGCUGAAAAAAAUCGACCAAGAAGGACUUGGUCUGAGAAAUGAGUGGAAGUCGCGAUUUGAGAAUCAGCAGGAACACAACAACAUCACAGGCCUCGAGAUCCUCAGACUCACGGAUACCAUUGAAAAUGUCAGAAGUCAAAUCGCAAACAAUGAGCCACCUUUAAAGAAGUUCGACGAAUUAUCCGACGCGCGUUGGAAGAAGAUGUUGAGUCAGCAGGAGAAGACGUAUGCGAAGUUGGCGGAAGAGCUGCAGGAGACGGAGUGGCGGUUAGAGCAGGAGGCCAAGGCUUACUUCAAGGUCAACAGAGUCCGCAACGACUACAACCAGGAACUCAAUGUACUGAACCAUUACGAAGCGAAGGAACUGCAUCAAGUCAGUAACGAAAGUAAUAAAAAACAAGAAAGUUGGCGCGAAAAAAGAGCGAAUCCGCCAAAACGACGGGAAAUAUUAGAAGAGUUUGGGCGACCGAGACCAAAACUGUCCGAUGAAUCGGAUUUUGACGCGCGUAGCAUUGCGAGCACGAGAUUUACUAGAUCUAGAGGACGAUUCACAGCUCGUGAUUCAGGCCUCGGCAGCGCGAGUCGUUCGACCACUCGGCGAUACGACAGCGACGGAUAUUCGGAUCGAGGCGACUCCCUUGAGCGAUCGUCAGUAGGAGGAAAUUCAAGCGCCAAUCGGAUAGUCGGGAACCGAGUAGCAAUUGGCCGAAAAGCCGAGGACCCUGUCGAUGCUCUUUUUGCGUCUUCGCAAACUGGACUCCCCGCGGGCUACGGGUAUCCCCAAAAAUCAAGAGGUCCACCAGAAAUGAGGGGUAAAAAAGACAGCUUGGAGGGCAUUUCUAGAGCUAACACGCGUAAAUCAGCCCUGAAAACGGACAGAAGUUCAAUUAGCCGGUUUAGCGAGAGAAAUAAAGUCAGUUUUGCAGACAGCCGAAAAACUUCUCCAGGUUUUGAUGUUCAAAGUAUGAAAUCGAAUCGUCAGUUACCACCCUUGGACCCUCCUACUGGUGGUAGAAAGAGCACCACUAGUUCGAUGAUGGGGGGCGCCAAAACAAACAGGUCUUCUCAACAGGGGGGUAGGUUCCCCCCAAAUAACAAUGGAGUGAGUUUGAACCCAAAUCAACAGAAUGAGAUUAACAAACUGCUUCAGAAGCCGACUAAAUGGCGAGAUCAUUGACAGAAAUGAUGAUGAAUAUGAUAAAUAAAAUAGUAUUUUAUGUUGUAGUAAAGCGGUAGCCCCGUUCGAAAAUUAUAUGGACAUUUUUUGUUUUGUUUUUAAA